AUGGACGAUGUCCUCAUCUCCAACCUCCCCCCGGUUUAUCUCCGCUCCGUACUUAGGACGCUUCUCUCCCACAACCCAGCAAACCAGAAACCCUUUGUCGAGCACAUCCGCUCAAGGCUCCAGGAGUCGCCGCCAGCGCUGACUGAAGCAACGGAGCUGUUCCCCAGUGCGGAUACCGUAUCUCCAGCAUGUGUUGAAUAUAUAGGACUGACGAGAUGUCUCUUCUCGUCGAAAUUGGCCGAGGAGGCCAUUGGCUACAGCUACUGUGCCGAAGCAAAGCUUCUGUCCCGCUUCGAAAGAGCAGAGAGACAGGUUAGGGACACCUUUCAGCUGCUCUUCCUCGAGUCCGCGCAAACGACCGCCCGGGUUGGCCACAGCCAAGCUUGCCUGCAUGUUUCAUUGCCGGUAGAUUCCCCCGUAGAGACAUUUACUAUGGGUGGAAGGCAGCUGCCGCGCUUGUUCAACGGUCUCUGGCAACUCUCAUCUCCUGCUUUUGGCGCAGGAAGCUCGGAACAGCAGCAGAAAUCGCUCAUCAGACUGGUUCAAAGGGGCUUCAUUGCUGCGGAUAUGGCAGACCACUAUGGCGAUGCCGAACUCGUUUAUGGAGACUUCCGCAACAGAUUGCCCGAAGGCAUGAAAGACAAAGUCUACGCAGCCACAAAAUGGUGCGUCUUCAAGCCUAUAGGCACGGCCGUUACAGCCGAGUACGUGCUGUCUGCUGUUAAGGAACGGUAUCGCAGACUAGGCGGUAGGGUAGACCUGCUUCAGUUUCACUGGUAUGAUUAUGAAGCAAAAGAGUAUCUCGAUAUCCUCCACCACUUGGUCUGCAUAACGCAUUCCCACCCGGAGCUAGUAUCAUCCAUCGGGCUCUGCAACUUUGAUGUAGAACACACAGAAGAAGUAUGCAAGUACUUACUUGACAAGACCGGCCAAGUUGGAAUCACCUCCAACCAAGUCCAGUUCUCAUUAAUUGACACCCGGCCUCUGAGGGGUAUGACCCAAACCUGUGAAAAGUACGGCCUCAAGCUUCUCACAUAUGGUUCUCUUCGCAAGUACCUAGAUAUGAUUCACCGCUGGGGCACCUGGACUGAGUUUCAAGCCCUGAUGGGAGAGCUCUCCUUGCUGGCGGCAAAGUACAAGGUGGACAUUGCCGAUGUGGCGAGUAGCUGGGUGUUACAACAGCCAACCGUGGGAGCUAUACUUGUAGGCACGCGGCUGGGCUUAUCAGACCGGUGUGCAGAUAGCCUCAAGGUGUCUGGGUGGGCACUGAGUGAAGCUGAGGUUAUGGCUAUAGACAUCCAUGCGCGAGGGCGAGAAGGGCAGAAGACGGAUGCUGUCUUUGCUAAAAUUGGUGACUGUGGUCAGGAGUACAGAAAUAUGCGCGCUUGA